CAUCACCCGAGUCCAGCAACAUGUGGGAGACCCACUCACCCCACUGUGCAAAGUGCCUCAGCACCUGCUUCUGCCUGGAGAAGGGUCCUCAGGGCUGCCGAGAUGUCACAGCCCGGGGUGUGAGUAGCCUUUUCCUUGCGUGGAUCUGUGCUUUUGGAGAAGCUUUGUGAAGCACCAGGGAGGGGAGGCAGCCCGCUUGAUCAGCAUGUACAGCCCAGCCGAAAUAUUCUGGAGAGGCUAUGCUGUCUUCCUUCCCACUUCUCACAGCAGCAGGACCGUGUAACAUGAUACUCCUGACCUGAGCGAGGGAUGCUGUUAAAAGCAUAGAUAGCUUAGAGAUGCUUUUUGGGUCGUGGCAUCGCAUGGUGUUACCGUCAGCUCCCGCAGCAUCCAUCCAGACGGAGGGCAUUGAGUCACCAUUCCAGGGUGCCAUACGCGGGGCCGAACCUGCUGGAGGGAAUUACUGGUGCAGCGGCAAAGACACAUCCCUGCCUGCCCCUCUUGUCCUCAUGUAGGCCAUCUCUCGUUUGUUACACCUUUUAUUUCCUCUUCCAUUUGUUCAUUACAUCUUUCAUCCUUUCUUAGUAGGGAUGCGAGCCAAAAGCCAAAAUUGCACCUUUGUACCAGCAUAAAGGUACCUGUAAAAUGCUUUGGGUUGCCACUAAUUUGCUUUGUCUCUGUUCUGAUCUUUUGUGUCCUCCAGGCAAGGACGGCUGUAUUUUCUCUCUCUGAAGCAGAACAGGGUGACAUUUCUAAUGCAUCUCCAGUCCAGGACCCUGUUGUGAGGGGACAGAGGUACAAUGCCCUGGAGGUCCUGGUGCCUGUUCCUGGAUGCUGUGGUGGAAUCAGAUGUCUCCAAAAGCACUGCCUCUGAAGGACGAGGGAGGUGUAGGAAAGCUAUGAAAUGGGAAAGAUUUACAUAGGGAUGCAUGUGCUUGGUGAAAGGAAUCAGAGCUGUGGGUCCAACAGGUGAGGGAAAAGCACCAGAGUCUGGCCAUCAGGCACCUGGCAGAGCAGGGCCUCCCAUCCCACAUCACCUCUGCUUAUUGCUUUCAUCAAUGCUUCCUGUUGCUGGAUAUUUCUCACUGGUGACAGCACAUCCCCUCCCUGUUCCAUGCAGCGCAGGUCGUAAUCUCAAGGAGUGGCUGCGGGAGCAGUUCUGCGACCACCCCAUCGAGCACUGUGAGGACACGCGGCUGCACGACGCAGCCUACGUCGGGGACUUGCCCACGCUCAAGAGCUUGCUGCAAGAGGAGAGCUUCCAAAGCCGGAUCAACGAGAAGUCGGUGUGGUGCUGCGGCUGGCUGCCCUGCACGCCGCUGCGCAUCGCUGCCACCGCUGGCCACGGCCCUUGCGUUGACUUCCUCCUGCGCAAAGGGGCCGAGAUUGACCUGGUGGAUGUCAAGGGGCAGACUGCCCUCUACGUGGCUGUGGUCAACGGGCACCUCGAGUGUGCCAAGAUCCUCCUGGAAGCUGGGGCUGACCCCAAUGGCAGCCGGCACCACCGCAGCACCCCUGUUUACCAUGCGGCACGUGUGGGCCGGGCAGACAUCCUCCGGGAGCUGAUCAGGUACGGCGCAGACGUGGAUGUGAACCACCACCUGGCUUCUCGCGUCUCCAGCCUCUCCUUGCGGCCCCUCACCACGCUGGUGGUGUGCCCGCUGUAUAUCAGCGCUGCCUACCACAACCUGCAGUGCUUCAGGCUGCUCCUCCAGGCCGGGGCCAACCCCGAUUUUAAUUGCUGCGGCCCCAUCAACCUCCAGGGCUUCUCGCGGGGCUCCCCCGUGUGCGUGAUGGACGCUGUCCUGCGGCACGGCUGUGACGCGGCGUUCAUCCACCUCCUGAUUGACUUUGGAGCCAACCUGAACCUGGUCAAAGUGGAGGCCUUGGAAUUUGACUCCACGGGAAGGGUCAAAGUGAACCCUGAGGCUCUGCAGGUCUUCAAAGAAGCACGGGGGUGUGCCCGGAGCCUGUUGUCUCUCUGCCGCAUAGCUGUACGGAGAAUACUUGGCAAAUCUCGUCUGGAUCUGAUCCAUAUCCUUCCAGUCCCAGACCCCAUUAAACAAUUUUUACUUCACGAACACAGUUAAAGGGCAACUGGCUGCUUUCUGGGACAGUUUGGUUUGCGAAACGAGUGAGCUGAUAAAGCCAGGUGCCAAUCCUAGCCCUACCCCCACAGAGAAAUACUGGUUUGCUCAUGGAGUGCACACAGUUGCCUGCCCCUGUGAUUUUCCCCUCCAAGUUUGGGGUGCGGUGAUUUUGUGUGUCUGUACUCAAGCUACCAGUUAUUAAACUGAUGAUCUGCUGUUUGUGGCUGGUUGGGCAGUGAGGCCAGUAAGUGUGUGUGGCUGGUACAUGAGCAAACCCAGUAUAUCCUGUACCUGUUAGCAUAUGUCUGUUUGUUAUGACUCUACCUCUGUUACUGCUCUGUGUUACACACACCCUGGGUCUCAGAGGCACUUCUGCGUGGCGAAUGUGUCUGUACUUGAGCCUCUCAUCUUCCUGUAGCGUGCGAGGGAGUCUCCUUGCCUCGGUGCCAGUGCUGGUUUACAACAGCACCGUUCUCUUUUCUGCUGUCAGUACCUGGCCUCUCUCUUACCUAUGGAGUUUGUGGUUGCUGCUGUAAAAGUGGGUGUAUUUUCUUCUUUCCUCCUCUGGUGUGAAAUGCAUCAAGUUUCCUGUCCAGUGACUGCGCGUUACUUGGAGAAUUGUAUCCGUGUCUCUGCGUGCUGCAAGGUAGCUGCUGACUUGGCUUUCCUCCUGUAGAGGCCCCAUCGCACAGAUGGGAGAGUAGCAGAACAUGUAAUCCCAUCCCCUCCGAGCCGUUUGGACAGACCACCAGAUCUGCUGUGGCAUCUUGGCUCUGCCUCCAGCACCAUGAUGGACGAGGCAAGGGCUGGCCAGGCCUCCUCCUGACGGCCUAGGACUGGGCCAAGUCUCAGGACUGCUGCUGUAGCAUAAAAGAGAAGAUGUGGAGAGAAGAGGAAACGUUAUUUUCACCCAUGGAAACUGAGAGCUGCACGGCCCAUUUUGGGGCGAUGGGAUCCCUGUGGUUCAGUCACCGCUGUGGUGCUGCAGGGACGAGGACUGGGAUACUCAGGUGAAACCAGAAUGUGAACCUGAAAGAUUUCUGGGGUGCUUUUUGGAAAUGUAAUGGCCAAACUCAUCUUCUGGUCACUGUAAGUGGGUUGAAUAUCUGGGAGUGACCAGGAGCAACAGUGGAGGGGUUGCUAAAUUAAACUGUUGUGCUGCUAGUGGUUGGUGCAAUGCCUGUGAAUGUAUCUGUGUGAUUAUGAAGAAAAAGACACCCAAAAUUCUAUCUAGAC